AUGGAGAGAUUGGAAAAUGAGGUUCUGGUAUUGAAGGAUUUUCCGCAAAGUAAACGGGAUAGACAAACAGAACGUCGACGAAGCGUCCUCCCUACUUCGCCGUCGUCCCCAACGGCGGCGAAUAAACAGAGGAUUAUCGAGCAGUUGCAGGAUGUGGUUAUGGGACUGGAGCGGCAAGUAGAUUACCAAGGGAGACAAUACGAGCGUCGGAUUUUGAAUCUGAAGAGCCAAUUGGAGUACGCACAAGGCGACGGGAACGUGCUACAGACGCAGGAGGAAGCCGAUAGACUCCGGGCCUUGGUACGGACUCGCGAGAAGGAAAUAAAUCUCGCUACCCACCAAGCAAUGAAAGCUCGACUUGAGUUAUAGAACGAGCGGAACACCACAGGCUCGCGGGCGUGCAAGAAUGAAGCCACUUGUCAGAUAACAAUCCAGAAGUUGACGCGCGAGAAAGAGGUUCUACUUGAGCGACACACGGCGAAUGAUCGGAUGGUUCAGCAGGCUGCGAGGGAAUUUGGAAAGUCGGAGGAUGAGAGUAGUCAUUAUACCGUGCGCUCUUACUUGCAGGAGCUUACGCAGGCGAUGGUGCAGCAGAUUGCCGCGGGGGGACUCGGUGGGAUCAAGAACCAACCUGUGCUCAGCAAUAUUCUUAGUAACAUGGAUAAGAUCCGACUCAGGGAGUUGGAGAUGUAUAAGAAUCGUCUGGAGGAUGAAGUUGAGAGGUUAGGUGGGAAUCUGCAGUUCGUUAAGAUGGGGUUGAAUAUCCGACUCCCGCCGAGGAAGUUACUCCACUAUAAGGACUUCGCGAGCGACGUGUUUGAUGUUUAGCUUGGGCUUUGCGAGAAGGUGGGUCUGUUUACCGAUGUGUUUUUGAAGGAUCUUGGGCCGUAUGGGGUUCUCCCCUGGACGCAUCCGCAGCCUAGGGAUGAGAUGGGGAAUCGACGCUUUCAUUUCCAUGUCCUGGAUACGUUCGAUCAGCAAUUCAAGAUGGUGAAGAAUCUAAAGUACGAGCAGUUCGAGCGGCUGGUCCAUAGUCUUCUUCAUCAGGAGGUCGCUCGCUUAUUCGGGCGCCUGAUGGAUUUGAAAAAGGAGGCGGUGGAAAAGAGUAAGCAUGCACUAAGUCCCAUGUCUAUCCAACUCCUCGAAGGAAAACCGCUCGAGAUUAAGAAUACCGUCAAUUCCGCGCUGCAAAUCAUGUCCGACGACAGGGAAGUCGAAAAGACCACCCUCGCACUAAGCGACCCCCUCAACGGCACACGUCCAGAACCCCGCUACAAGAUCUGGAAAGCAAUGCAAGAAUCAAUAACCCACCUCCAAACCGCAUCCCUAACCUUCAACACCCCUUCUCCUCCCUGGCGGAUCCCAAAAGACAUCACACCCCCCUCCUUCACCCCCACCAAAACCCUCCCCGCGCUCGUAUCCCGCUUACUCAAAUUCGAAAUCAACAUCCUCGACGACCGCCUCGACCAGCUCCUCUCCUUCCUCGAAUCCUCCCGUCUCCCAGGCACCAGCCAAGGCCAACCCCGCAUCGCAGGACCCCCAAAAUACCAAGCUGACUUCGACGCCCUCCGCGACGCCGUGACGUACGCGGAGCUCUGUCGCGGCCAUUGGUUCGAUGAGUGUUACCCCGAAGCCCCCAAGAUCCUACGGAUGCCGCUUGAUCACCCGCCUUUACUGCAUGCCGUGCGUCGCGAGAUGGGCGACGUGCUGGUUCCGUCCGUCAAUCCAUUUCCGUGGAAACUGCAGAUUGACAAUCGACUCCAGGAUGUCCGUAUCACGGACCCGCAUUGUGAUCCUAACACCGUCCAAAAACAAAUCGUUCUCGAAUCAGGGACGCAAACGAUCCUUUAUAAACUCCCUGUCCUCGAAAACUCCGAGAUAGAACUUAAACAGGAUCCUGCUGGAAGUCUGAUCUUUGCGGAUUUCGAGACGGAGAGGAGGUGGUAUGAACGGUAUUAUGAGCGCCGGAAGCAGUUGUUGUCUUUUAUUAAUGCGAGUGGCAAGACUUUCCCGUAUGUGUUGGGGAUGUGGAGUCAUGGGCCUGAGGGCCCGAAUUUUGGACUGGUGAAGGCGAAGAAGAGGGAGCUUGCGGAGAGUGUGAGGGAUUUAACGGUUUGGAUGGUGAGUAAGGGGGUGGAGGUUCCUGAGUGGCCAUAUAAGGGGGGGCCGAGGGAGGUGGAUGUUAGUAUGGUUGGGACGUAG